AUCGUCUUUUGUUCCAGCUCUAAACAAGUUUUUUUUAUAAUAGCUCUAGCUCUACAGUAUUUAUAUAAAUAAUUCUUGUAUGUAGUCCAAGUGUAGAAAAAACUAAUUUAAAUGAGCUGCAUUCGAGUAUUUCUCUUCAGACAAAAACCUGUUUGGAACCAUUUUUAAUCAUGUGAAAAUAUGGAGCAAGACACAUUGGCGUGGAAUGACACGGAUGUAGCUGUAGCCAGUCAACAUAUUCUUAUUUCGGAGGUUUAUUGUAUGCAUUUAGCAAGAAAGCUACUAACGAUCUAAAAUCGAAAGCAUUGCUGGCGGUAUGCAAGAACGACCAAAGCAACUGCGUCUUACUGUUUCCUGGACCCAGUCAAAGUCUAAGAUUCAUGACAGUUGUCAACGUCGGAGCAUGUUGGCAUGUAAGAGGCGCUUAACUACCACUAAAGUGCUUGAAGACUCACAUUCACCAGUAGCUUUCCCCAAUUCCAACACUCACUGGCAUCAGAAACAAAAGGAGAAACAUAAAGUUCAGCUAUACUCUGGAAAACCCUUAAGCAUUAAGCUGUACGUGCCACGAAGUAUUGAGAGUAUCCCAAAAAUUCGGCAUAAGGCGCUUACGACAACGAAUAAACAACAACCUGCUAUGCAUCGAAAGUCUAAGAGCAAAAGCAAGUUUCAAGCUUUUAACAAUCUCAAGCCGCUUUAUUCUCCGAGUAAAAGACAACCAUCCGCGAAGCAUUCAUCAGCACUGGUGGAAGCAGGGAUAGAAUCAAAGGCAACACGGCAUUUUGUUGGUAAAAAGAGGAUUAAGAACAGAGACUGCCUGUUAUCUUCGCCUCAGCCAUCGCCAAUGAGAUGCAAAAUGAUGAUUCCAUUUCCAAAGUUUGGUGCCACAUCCUUUGUUACUUUGCUCACUUUAAUUUGUAUGGAAACGGUUCUGCUCUCCACCAUGUCUAGUUGCGCCAAGACUUUUUACAUGCAUUGGAACACAUCGAACAGUAUAUUUCGGAUUGAUAACACAGAUCAUAUUAUCGAUGUUAAUAAAGGAAAUCUUGCAUUUGAGUUCGAUCAGGUUCAUAUAAUAUGCCCCGUAUAUGAGCCAGGGACUUUUGAGAACGAAACUGAAAAAUACAUAAUUUACAAUGUGUCUAAAGUGGAGUAUGAAACUUGUCGCAUAACAAAUGCAGAUCCGCGAGUAAUAGCUAUAUGUGAUAAACCUCAGAAAUUAAUGUUUUUUACAAUAACUUUCCGGCCAUUUACACCGCAGCCAGGUGGCUUGGAGUUCCUACCUGGAAAUGAUUAUUACUUUAUUUCAACUUCAUCUAAGGAUGAUUUAUAUCGAAGAAUUGGAGGUCGAUGCUCUACAAAUAACAUGAAAGUAGUCUUUAAAGUGUGUUGUGGCCCAGAGGACAAAAACAAAACCACGGCGAUAAGCAAUUCUAAAUCUGUUACAGACACCGGAGGAGCCAUUAAUGUCAAUAUAGCGAAUAAUGAUGAAAGUCGUGUUAAUAGCCAGGGCAAUAACAUAGCUAUUGGAACCAACAUUGGUAUAAAUGGAGGCCUAAUUAUAGGGGGACCUCAGUCAGCAGGAAUGCCAAUUAAUCCACUAAGCGGGAAUAACAAUCUUAAUGGCAUACCCACUACUAUUAAUUCAAACAUUGAUCAGUUUAAUCGGAUUCCAAUCCAGCCAAACAUAAUCGGCAAUCAUGUAGGGACUAAUGCCGUAGGAACCGGAAUUGUCGGUGGUGGAGGAAUAAUAUUAACUCCUGGCCAUGCUCAUGGCAACAUUAAUAUGCUGCAACCAGGGCGAGGUGGAAUAAACGGAGCAUAUCCCGGACAUCACCACAUCCAAACUGGGAUACGGAUAAACAAUGUGCCUACGCAACACAACUAUCCGUCCCAUAAGGGUAAUCCUAACAGUAAUAUUAACGGAAACGAUGACCACCAUCAUUACAACAAACAUCCCAACGAGGUUGUAAAAAAUGAAGAGCUGACAUAUAAUAGUGGUGCAGCGACAUCGGAUGGUAACAUCUUCGCUUUAUGGAUCUGGAUUUUAUCAAUUUUCCCACUGCUAUCUAUUGAAUCUUGCCAUUUGUCUUCAUAUUGGAUAAACGGACCACUUUUAGUCAGCACUAUCGCGAUUCUUGGCAUUCAUUAUCUUAUGCAAAGCACGUUGCAAACCACAGUGCAGCGAUAUAGUCCUGGAAUGGUUGAAAUCACCGCGACAUCUAUGAACGGGAUGUUUGACCAGAAUGCCGGCACUAUUGAAUAUGACCGGUGAAUUUUUAAUGAACAUUCGAUUUUGUGUUCCAAUGUUCAACGUUAUUUCAAUGAAUAACAAUAUCACACAAAAUUAUUUGUCACUCUUCUCCGGCUAUUGCUAUAUAAACAGUGAUAAAAGUAUUGUGUGUGAGAGGUUGGAAUCAAAUGAUUUGGAUGUGUAAUUGCAAUUGAACGAGUUAGUGUGACUCACAAUUUAAAAUAAUAGAUCAGAAAGAAAGGAGAAAGGUGAAAUAGAAUUAAUAAGUAAAAAAAUUAAAUAUAUCAAGUACAUUAAAACUUAGAUUUAGUGGUCUAGAUCUAACUAAUAUUGUUUAAGAAAAGACAGAGGAUAGAGGAAUGCUAUUAUAAAACAGAUUAAUGCGAAAGGCCACUAGACACCGCCUAGCCACUGUGUCUUCUGUCCUCUCUUUUAUUGUGUCCUUCUGGUUUUCCGAAAAUACUUAUAUAGCUGUAUGCGUGAGACAGAAAUAUAAAAUAUUCCCAUUUAUAACGAAAAAUGGUAAAGCGAUAUAGCAAAUACAAAAGCAUUACAGCUAUAUUUUUACCUGACUUCACUUCUGUUAGCUAAAAUGAUCAUUCCGAAAUUCUUUUUUCUUACCGACAUACUAAAGGAAAUGUCAAAGAGUAUAGUUAAAAUAUACUACAAGAGAAUCAUAUGGCUUUGGAAUGGAUUAAUGGAUUAAAUUAAUUACAAUUUCCCAUUACAAGCCCCAUUACUGUUUGAAAACUAGUUAUCCUGUACGAAGGAUAUUUCGACUGAAAUUAAUUAGCAUCGCUGACUAAAAAACACGUAGUAAAUAAAACAUUAGUAAUUUAAAGACAUUAUAUUGCAUGCGGAUUGCCACGCAUUAGUAUUGUAAUUGUAUAAGAUCAAAUGAAACUUAUGUAUGUGUUUAGUAUGCAUUCAUGUAUUUAAAAUCAUGGUAGGUAUUUUGAAUAUGGUAAAGGUGAAAUUUAAAGAACUCAACUAUAAGUUUUAUGUUCUUUCUUGUUUUGUUUUAUUUUUUGUUUUCCUUACAAUAAUACAAUUUUAUUUUGUAAAUGAACCAAGCAGUAUAGAGAAGUGAUUCUUAACCUUUAAUAAAAUAUAUAUGUAUAUACAUAUAGCAUUCACAUACUUAUAUACGAGAAAUGAUUAGGUGAAACGUUAUAAACUUUGUAAAUUUAAAUAACUAAAAAUUUAAAUAUAUCGAAAAAUAAGAAUUAUUAAAAAAUCGUAAAUUAUGAAAUAUAUAUUGAGGCAUCUUGUGCUACCUUUAUGUGAAAAAAGGUUAAAAUUUAUAUACAUAGUCUAUAUAUAGUAAACAAUUUAAUUAUUUAGGGCGUGGGUAUAAUUUUCUCGUAUAAACAUGUGGUUAAAAUAAUUUGCCACAGCGAGUUCACUAUUUACAAAUUAUAAUUGAAGAUAGGCAGAAUUAACAUAUUUUAUCGGUGGGGUGUGUUGUAAAACUGUGUUUUUGUCGCGACUAAUUUGAAAAGUAACAUCCAUAUUGUGCAAGUACGUGUAAACUUCGUCGUGUUUGUCCUGUUUCGCUUAUUUUGUGUAGCCUUUUGGUUUCUUUACUGCAAUAUAGCAUUAAAAACAGAAGUUUCUUAAACUCCAUGAAAUUUUGAUUAAUUUUCGGGCAACUAUAUUCUUAUACUGCCACAGCUAACCUGAACACUAAACCGAAUUUAUUACGAUCCAACGGUGGAAACCGAAAUCUAGAUUCAGUCCAAUUCUAUGAGUGAAUACCUUAAAAAUAUGCAUUGCUCUACUUAGACCUGUAUCCAAAAUUUUCUGUCAAUGUAUUAAAAGCCUUUAAAGCGACGAAAUUUGUUUUUUAGAAUUACAGGCUGUUAUUACUUUGGCAGGAUUAUAUUAAUGCGGACCGUACUUGUUACUUAAUCAAUUACUUAAUAUCAUACUUACAAGGAAAAUCCCAUACAACAUACUUAGAUUCAUUCAAUAGAACCGUAACUAUCAUCAUAAUAAUUCAAGAGUCAGAAUAAUAUAAAGAAUCGUUAGGAUAACACAUAAUCAUUCAGCACAGAUUGCAUAAAUACAGAAUUAUAAGCGAGCAGCAUUCUAAAAUUGUAAAGGACGUGGAUAAACAUAAAAUAAAAUCCAAUAUUUCAUACAUUCUUUAUCAGCAUAUUUUUGACCAGAGGACAGAAUUGAAGAUUUUUAAUACUAUUUUCUUAACGCCUACAUACCUUCGUUCGUUUCUUAAGGAAGGAUUUCAUUUUAACACACCGACCACACCAUCAUCACCAUUAGGGCUACUGAAAGUUUUUUCAUGACCAAAACUUUCUCGUAAUUAGUUUUUUGUAAGCGGUGCAUGCAGAACAAAACACCCAAUUAAGUAUUUAUAUUCUGAAUUAGUGUUUGAACUGAAUAUAUUAAGCAGCUGGUCGUUUUGUUUUGAUUUAUAUGACUCUUCUGAAAGAGCAAAAAUAGCAUACAUCUAAAUUCUUGUUUCCGUUUUUAGAACGCAAUGACGAUGCACAAAUUAAUUGUAAACAUAAUUUUUCAAAGCCAUACAUGCCGAUUGAUUAACGAAUGAUUUGAUAAUAAAAAAAGAAUAUCGAAUAAAAAAUUCUUACACUGCAACCAUAUAUAUAUAUAUAUAUAUAUAUAUAUAUAUAUGUAUAUACAUAUAUUAAGGAGUAACAUAAGUGCAUAUGAAAAAAAACUGUGUGAGCAUAAAAAAUAGCCGAGAUAUUAAUGAAGAUGUGGCAAGCAGAUGAUUAAUUAUAUUAAUAAAAAUAAAAAAAUUUGAAUCAACGUA